GGGAUGCCGGGCACUAAACACCGAGUCGAAGCUUAGUGCGGUACUUACAUGGUACGGCUCGGUGCUUAGUCCCGGUACAAGUAGAAUAGUUACAGUUAUCUAAUGUGACGGAUGUUGGUUGGAAUUCGUCUCUGCAGUCACUUCGCAAUUUGGUCCUUAUCGACUACCAAGCGCCCAGCUAUGCGUCUACUCUACUUCCUUCUCCUUCACGUAUUUGUUGCGGUUUUUCUCCCAAGCGUCGAUGCUGCCUCUCCAAUCUCGUUCACUGCCGGCCGGAACCCGAUCGUAGCGAAGAGACACUUGAGAACGGAAACACGCUCCGGUUAUGAUGGUGGCUACGCAAAUACUGAAGAGAGGCGGGUCCCGGCCGCUGCCGCGGAGAAGCUCGCGAGCAUGAAUUCCUACAAAGCCAAGCUCGCGGAGACAGCCUUCGGGCUGCUAAACCUCCACAAGAGGAAGGGGUUCAUUAUGGGUACACCAGAGCUAAAAACUUGGUCCAACUUGAUGCUCAAACUCGACGACACGAAUUCGAAAGGAUCUAUGGUCGCGAUUAUGACGAGAUACUACGGCGACGAUGCUCUUGCACGGUAUAUCCAGUCGGCUAAAGUCUCUCCAAGCGUGGGUAAACUCGCAACGGACCUACAAACAGCCCAGUUUGCACAAUGGGCGAGGCGCGGAGAAACAGCUAAGAGUAUCAAACAAAUGCUACGAAACAGUCCAGACAGAUUGAGCUCUUGGCGCGACGACCAAGUUGUGAACGCAUUUAAAGCGUUCCUCACGAAGAAAAACAACAGAUAAACUUGGUUUAUGGCCCCGUGAGAAUGUUAGUUCCUAUCGUAGUUAAGCUGUACGGCAUUGGCACUCUAUCCAUUGAUUCAAAAUCUUAUCUCUCUAUACUGUACUACGUA